AUGGCUGCAGCAGACGUCCGCUUCAAGCUCAACACCGGCGCCGAGAUUCCUGCUCUCGGUCUGGGAACCUGGCAGUCCGCUCCUGGCGAGGUCGCCAAUGCCGUGCGCCACGCCAUCGAGGCCGGCUACCGUCACAUUGACGGUGCUCUCUGCUACGGCAAUGAGCACGAGGUCGGUCAGGGUAUCAAGGAGGCCAUUGCUGCCGGUAUCGUCAAGCGCGAGGACCUCUUCGUUACCACCAAAUUGUGGUGCUCCUUCCACGCUCGCGUGGAGGAGGGUCUCGAGACCAGUCUGAAGAACCUGGGCCUCGACUAUGUCGACCUAUACCUCAUGCACUGGCCCCUGGCCAUGAACCCCAAGGGUAACCACAACAUCUUCCCCAAGCUGCCUGACGGCUCGCGGGAUAUUGUCCACAGCCACAGCCACGUCACCACCUGGAAGGACAUGGAGAAGCUCGUGGGCACGGGUAAGGUCAAGGCCAUUGGUGUCUCCAACUACAGUGUCCAGUAUCUGGAGGAGCUCCUGCCCCAGGCCACCAUCACCCCGGCCGCCAACCAGAUCGAGAACCACCCCUCUCUGCCCCAGCAGGAGAUUGUCGACUUCUGCAACAAGAAGGGCAUCCACAUCACUGCCUACAGCCCUCUCGGCAGCACCGGCAGCCCUCUCUUCACUGCCGAGCCUAUCGUCGCCGUGGCCAACAAGCGCGGUGUCACUCCUGCUACUGUCCUGCUCAGCUGGCACAUCGCCCGCGGUUCCUCCGUUCUCGCCAAGUCCGUCACCCCCGCUCGCAUCGCGGCCAACCGCAAUGACCUGAUCCACCUGGACGCCGAGGACAUGGCCACCAUCGCCAAGUACUCCAACGACCUGGCCGCCAAGAAGGCCUUCCAACGUUUCGUUUUCCCUCCCUUCGGUGUCAACUUUGGUUUCCCCGAUAAGAUGAUUCUUCACGACUAUGAAUAG